AGCUGUUGUUUGGUGUUGAGUAGUUGUGCAGUGAAACUUGAAUACAAACUUAUCAGAGGCUUUGAUUUGAAGGAUCAUGUUGCCAAUGGAGUUGUCUUCUGUGUAUUUAGGUUUGAGUGUUGCAGCUGGAAUUGCCGGUAAUGUCUUUGCAUUUGUGUUGUUUGUCUCUCCGAUACCAACAUUUAAGAGAAUCAUCCGAAACAAGUCAACGGAACAAUUCUCAGGAUUGCCUUACAUAUAUGCCUUUCUGAAUUGCUUAAUAUGCCUCUGGUAUGGCAUGCCUGUUGUCAAGACUGGGAUCAUAUUGGUAGCUACAGUCAAUUCAUUUGGAGCAGUUUUCCAGUUAAUCUACGUUAGCAUUUUCAUCGCGUAUGCUGAAAAAGAAAUAAAGGCAAGGAUGCUGGGAUUGUUACUGGUAGUUCUUGCUAUUUUUGGAUUGAUAGUGUUUGUGAGCAUAGGAGUUUUAGAUUACGAUGAAAGGCAAACUUUUGUCGGGUAUUUGAGUGUUGUUUCACUCAUCUCAAUGUUUGCUUCUCCGCUGUUUAUCAUAAAACUGGUGAUCAAAACAAGGAGCGUGGAGUUCAUGCCAUUCUAUCUUUCUCUCGCAACCUUCUUGAUGAGUCUCUCCUUUUCUGCAUACGGAGUGUUUAAGGAAGAUCCAUUUCUAUAUAUUCCAAAUGGUAUUGGAACAAUUCUGGCUAUUAUCCAGUUGGUUUUGUACUUAUACUAUAGUGAUCUAUGUAAAAAGGACUUGAGAGAACCCUUGAUCACAUAUGUGUGAACAAACUCGAAUUACUGAAGACGUGAUCAUGAAUACGUCAUUUGUACCUGUUUGGAGGAAGAGGCUGCAAUGGAAAAUCCAUAACUGGAAAGAGAAGCAGCACUAAAUAAGAUACUUCACCUCAGCACAGAAAAUGUCCAUGAAAGAAAAAUAUCAUGUUCCACUUAUCCACUCUGUUCAUGGCCAGUAAGUAACUAAGUAUUAGGUGAAAAGUAGUACCAGAUUUUGUAAGGAUUAUAGUUCUGCUGAGUCUGAAAUUCCUUGUUUUGUACAAAGUGGUUCAAGUUUGUUUGGAUAUUUGUCAUAC